AUGUCAAUCGAAUCUUCUAACUCGUCUCGGAGGACAUCUUCUGGCCCAAAAGUUACAUGCCGCCAUGACGAGGAAGCAGUAUUACUAACAUCAAAAACAGAGCACAACCCAGCAAGAAGGUUUUACCGUUGCAGCCCUCAAAAUAAGAAGCUAGAAAUGAAGGUUAAGGAGAUGGAUUUGUUUAAAAUCGAAAAUAAUGAAUUGGAGAAGAAGCUGAAAGAUGCUUGUGAAAAGGGAAGAAAAGAAAAGAAACUGUUAUUGUUUUUGUGUGUCUUGGUUCUUGUCUGUGGUUGGUUGAUGAUGGCUUGA